AUGACAGACUCACUUACUGCUCCCGGGAGCAGUACGUACUCGUCGAAUACACUUCAUGUUGGCGAUGGGACAUGGGAACUGGGGCGUGACACGUUCCUGCUGCCCAACCUGAUGGGUGUGAACUUUGAGACAAUGCGAUACAACGGCAUGGGAAACCGAUUCAAGGAUAUGGCCGGGUACCAUUCCAUAAUUAUUGCCCACGGUGUGAUUGCGACCAUUGUCUUCUUGGGUCUCGUCCCGAUUUCAACAUUUAUCAUCCGUUACUACUCCCGAUGGAAUCCAUAUUGGGCAUUCAAGCUUCAUGCUUGGUUCCAAGUGCUGACAUUACUGUUGACAACGGUGGUGUUCGUGCUGGGCUGGUUUGCCGUUGGCCCGGAGAGGAGCUUAACCAACCCGCACCAUGGGAUUGGCUUGGCAAUCUAUGUCAUGGUCAUCUUCCAGAUGCUUUGGGGCUGGUUUGUACACAAGAAAGAGAGCAAAAGGACGCGACACCAUGUUCCUUUGAAGUUGGUGAUUCACCGAUGGUUUGGUCGUGCUCUGGCUCUCUUAGGAAUAAUUCAGAUUCCUCUGGGGCUGACGCUCUACGGAUCCCCCAAGGUUCUUUUUAUCCUCUUUGCGCUUGCGGCUUUUGCAUAUUUGAUGGCUUACUUCGUUCUGUCCUACCUCUACGAUGACGAGGGGUAUCAUAUGGCAAGUGAACACGGUAGUCGAUACACGGGACCAUCGGUUGUCGAAGAGUCACACCAUGGUGGUGGCGGUGGUGGUUUAGGGGAGGCCUUGGCCGGAGGUGCUCUUGGAGCAGGGCUGGCUUCAAUAUUCCAGCGGCGCCAACGAAACCGCCCUACAAGCCAGGCUUAUGAGGAGUCACGCACGUCUAUUUCGGACGAGAAGUACUCUGAUGAGUCUUCUCGUCACCAUGGCGGUGGUGGCUGGGGCAAAAAGAUCCUUGAACUCGGUGCAUUAGCAGGCGCGGGUAUGUUGGCGAAGAAGUGGUGGGAUCGUCGACGAGGCCGUGAAGAGGACACCGAAUCAGGACGAUACAGACCCGCCCACUCGCGCGUCGACAGCUAUUCAGAAGACUCUCUCGGUCGACUGGAAGAGGGACGACCGGAGCCUAGUCAUCAAGCACCUCUCAAUCGACCCCCCAGCCGUCCACCUAGUAGGCCUCAGAGUCCCGGUUCAUCAUACUACUACAAUAGUACAUAUCUCACUGAGCCUCAGCAGAGGCGUCCCUCGCAUGGGGUUCGUGAUGCAAUCCUUGGCGCUGGCGCCUUUGCUGCGGUGAAGAGAAUGUUCAGCCGCAAAGGCAAGGAUGACGAUGAAAAACGCCGACUCGACGACAUUCGCCGCCGAGAAGAGGAAGACGAGCAACUGCAACGAGCGAACAGCAAGCGACGACAGCAAGGUGAAGGAUUCUAUCCGCAGCGACGACGCCCAAGCUCCUACACUGAAAGUGAUCUCACACCAACCGAUCUUACUCCUCGGCCACCUGGACCACCUCGACAAUCAUCACACGGCUCUCCCCUCUCGGCAGGACCAGUCGCAACCGGCGCUGCCUACCCUACACACUCCGACAUUCCUCCCCUUCCUCCAGUACACCAUGAGCUGUCCGGUGACCUAGGCCCACCGCCACCUUCCCAUUACUCCCAUUCUCACCACGCGGAGGAGAUGGCAGCAGGAGCUGCUGCCGGAGCUGCAAUGGGCGCCGCAUCCAGCCAUCGCCGCAGCGACGUGAGCCGACGAGACGACCAUGGUGAGUCACCGCCAGUCUCCGUCAAGGUGAAGAUGCACAAUGACGGUCGACAUGUCACGCUGCGCCGACUGACAGAAGAAGAAGCCGCUGCGCAACGUGAAGCACGCCGCAGAGAGGACCGAAAAUCUCGUCGUCGCGGUAGCAGUGCAGGAUCCCUGUCCGGGGGAGAACAUGAAUCUGAUCGCUGGCGCCGUGUUGAGGCGAAGGAGCGCCUACAGGCCGAGCAGAUACGACGAGAGCAGCAGGCCGCAAUGGCAGCACCUGCCGCUCCAUCAGGCAGCAUGCCUCCCUCUCCCUUUCCCCAGUCUCAGUCUCAAAGCAGUGUCAUGCCGCCGCCACCUCCUGUCCCGCAUCCUGCACCUUCGAGUAUGCCAUACGGCCCUGGGAGUGUCACGUCACCCGGUACAUGGACCGGCACCGAAGCCAGCGGGUCCUACGCUAACAACCGACGACGCAGAAGAGCUGAGAGAGCUCGCGCGCGACAGGACAGGCAACAACGGCCCGGCGUGGAAUUUGAGUAA